AUGGCCAUGGAGGGCAUGGAAUCACGGCGGCAGAGAGUUGCCGUGGUUGGGCUGGGGGCUAUGGGGAUCGUCGCUGUCAAGAACCUGCUGGAAGAAGGCUUUGACGUGGUGGGAUUUGAACGCAGCAACUAUGUCGGCGGCUUGUGGCACUUCACCGAAGAUGAAGAGACGCUGAGCAUCAUAGAAACAACUACGGUCAACGUGUCAAUUGAUCGAGCAUCCUUUACCGAUUUUCCUUUCCCCGUAGGAACCUCGACAUUCUGUACUGCGAAGGAGGUGGAGAGCUAUUUGGAAGCCUAUGUGGAACACUUCGACCUCAGACCCCAUUUCCGCCUCUCUACGAGCGUUGGGUCGGUAUCCAGAGAAGAUGACGGGAGAUGGAGGCUCGACUUUGGAAAUCGGCCGAGCGAGUGGUUUGACGGGGUUAUCAUGGCUACGGGUCCUCACAUCAGGCCCAUGAUGCCUGAGCUCGAAGGCGCUGAGCUGUUUACUGGUCGAUUGAUCCACUCCAGGGCAUUUAAAAGGCCUGAAGUCUUUUCUGGGCAGCGAGUUGUCGUCGUGGGGCUUGGAAAUACGGGAAGUGAUAUUGCAGAUGCACUUGUUGGCCAUGCAUCCCAAAUUUCGAUAUCACACCACCACGGUGCCGUUAUUAUGCCUCGACUCCUCGACGGGGUGGCCGCCACAAGCCGCAUAUCGUACAGGUUCAUCAACCUGCAAGGGACCCUCAACAGACUGUUUCCCAAGUUUGCCGAGAGGCUAUACAACAAGACAGCUCGACAAAUCAUGACCGACGCAUUUGGAAAGGUCGAUCCAGCUUGGGGACUUGACCCAGCUCUCUCGGUUCUUGUGGCCAACCCGGUGAUUUCCGACACGCUCAUUGCCAACCUUCGAUCCAAAGCGGUGUUGUCGAUUAAAGGCAUUCAAAGGUUUCUUGGAGGUCGACAGAUCGAAUUGACCUCUGGCGAGGUCAUUGAAGCCGACGCGGUCAUCUGUUGUACGGGAUACAAGAAUGAUUUCGGCCUGCUGGAGAAGGCAUACGAUCCAUCUUCAACGCCUUCGCCCAGCUGGCUACAGGCUCCUGGCUCGAAAAACCGGCCAUAUCCGCGACUGUAUCAAAACGUCUUCUCCAUGAGCGCACCUGAUUCGCUGGCCUUCCUCGGCUGUGUCUGGUUCGUCACUGGUGCGUUUUGCCUUGCUGAUCUUGCGAGCAUGUGCAUCGCGCAAGUCUGGUCCGGAAAAGCCUCGCUCCCGCCGCGAUCGACGAUGCAGCAAUGGGUGGACAAGCAGGAGAAGAGGAUAUGCACUCUCGCGCAGAGCGGAGCCGUGAUUCCCACUGCAGUACCUCCCAGCGAAUGGCUCUCUUGGGCAGAUAAAACGGCCGGUACGGGCGUGGAGGAGAAUGUGGGCUGGGGAUGGAAGGGAUGGAUCUUUUGGUGGCGAGAGAGGAAGCUUUGGAGGAUGGUGAUGGACGGUCCGUUUACUUCGGCUCUUUGGAGGUUGUUUCCUGGGAGGAGAAAGCGCUGGGACGGUGCGAGGGCGGAGAUUAUGAGGUUGAAUAGGGAGGUUGAGGAGAGUAGAGCAAAAGCGAAGCUGUUGGCGGCUGAGAAGGCGAUUAAAGAGAAGGAGGCUUGA